GCAGUUCUAGAUUGUUCGUGUAGAGAGGGAGACAGCGAUGGGAACAGGGCGAGAAGUCAGCGUGUCGCUAGAUGGAGUCAGAGACAAAAACAUGAUGCAGCUUAAGAAACUCAACACUGUUCUCUUCCCGGUUCGCUAUAACGACAAGUACUACGCUGAUGCGAUUGCAUCCGGCGAGUUCACUAAGCUUGCUUAUUACAGUGAUAUAUGUGUUGGAGCUAUCGCUUGUCGGCUGGAGAAGAAAGAAGGCGGCGCCAUGAAAGUGUAUAUAAUGACACUUGGUGUUCUUGCACCAUACCGCGGCAUUGGCAUUGGUUCAAAGCUAUUGAAUCAUGUUCUUGACAUGUGCACCAAGCAGAACAUGUCUGAAAUAUACUUGCAUGUUCAGACAAACAACGAAGAUGCGAUCAACUUCUACAAGAAGUUUGGGUUUGAGAUCACAGAUACCAUACAAGACUAUUACGUCAACAUCGAGCCUAGAGAUUGCUAUGUUGUCACCAAGUCCUUUGCUCAAGCUGAAGCGAGCAAAUGAUGACAAUUACGCCACUUGGGGGAAGCCAUUCUUCCCCCCAGUUUGUUUGUUUGUUCAAUGAAGGAUCGUUUUUUCUUUUUAUUUGAACAACAUGAAGGAUCUAUUCUCAAAAGUUCUGAUGUUUUGGUUCCCUGAGUUUUGCGUGUUUUGUUGACCCUAAAGUUUCUUAUCGAUCACAAAGUUACAGAUUCAUGGUUAUCUAGUGGACCCCUUUGGUUUUUGGAUCUGCUUAACUUGUCAGCUCAAUUUUUAUUACUACUGAGUAUUGUGGUGUUUGUUAUCUUGCUCGUCUCGCAAGUUUUAUCAAAUG